UAGGCAUAAGCCUCUGAAACUUCCAAUCUUGUGCAGCACAACUUUUUGUUUCUUUGUUAAACCUCACAUGAUGAUGCUUCUCUCCCUCCUUCUCUAGCUUCCUUAUUUUCCUCUUCACCAGCGAAGCCAUCUGUGGUAGAUAGUCUCCGCCCAAUUCGGCACGCAACAAGAAUUGGCUCUAAAGUCUCUCAAGAUUCAUCAUCCUCUUUUUAAAUCAGCUGCAAUUCCAGAGUUGAACAUGAAUUCUGGGUCUGGAUCAGAAGCAAAAAUGGAGUCAAACAAGGAAACACAACAGAAAUCAGACAGUUUCGUGAUAGAAAUGGAAGCCUUUUCUCCAGCCAACAUCAACAAAGACAGUAACUCAAACUCGAGAAUCACGGUGCAGAGGAGUGUAUCAAGGAAAGGGUGGGGCGACAAGAAGGUUAAUGUCGCAGCUGCUGCGAUCCGUGAUUGGGAUGCGAUACCUGCUGCAUGCUCCCCCUCCUCCAAAGGGUGUUGUGUGGCCGGCAUGCCGGAAAGGUCGGGCCUUCGGUGGUGGGGUCCGGCGAUUAUUGUGACAGCCCACGGGUUCAUCACCAUAUCACCGUCGUCACGACGGCCACCGGUAAUGAAGCCAAAAGCAUAGCUCGUAGAAAUAGUUUCAAACGCCCUUCUCAUUUGGGCCUUGAUCCCAGGAUGGUUCUUGCAUUCUUUUCCAUUUUGUCGAGCAUUGGGACAAUUGUGCUGAUAUACUUGGCUCUCAGGACAAGCUAUUAUGAGUGAAAUGUUGAUUGGUUGAUUGGAG